GUGGUUUGACCGGAAGUCCCUCUCUGGGAGUGAGGGAAUGCAGAGAUUAUAACUGCGAAGAUUUCAAUAUGAAGCUGUACUGCUUAUCAGGACACCCAACUUUACCAUGCAAUGUACUCAAAUUCAAGUCUACUACCAUCAUGUUAGAUUGUGGCCUGGAUAUGACUUCAACACUCAAUUUUCUUCCCUUACCAUUGGUUCAGAGUCCAAGGUUGUCUAAUCUUCCUGGUUGGGCUUUAAAGGAUGGAAAUACCUUUUUGGACAAGGAACUAAAGGAAUGUUCAGGUCAUGUAUUUGUGGAUUCUGUGCCCGAGUUCUGUUUACCAGAGACCGAGCUAAUAGAUCUGUCUACAGUAGAUGUGAUCCUCAUUUCAAACUAUCACUGCAUGAUGGCGUUACCUUACAUCACUGAGCACACCGGUUUUACUGGGACAGUGUAUGCUACAGAACCUACUGUGCAAAUUGGCAGGCUUCUUAUGGAAGAAUUGGUGAAUUUCAUUGAACGGGUGCCAAAGGCUCAGUCUGCCUCCUUGUGGAAGAAUAAAGAAGUGCAGAGGCUGUUGCCUGCUCCUCUCAAAGAUGCUGUGGAAGUUUCAACAUGGAGAAGGUGCUACACAACGCAAGAAGUGAACUCUGCUCUCAGUAAAAUCCAGCUUGUGGGCUAUUCUCAGAAAAUUGAACUUUUUGGUGCAGUACAAGUGACUCCCCUAAGCUCUGGCUAUGCACUUGGAAGUUCCAACUGGAUUAUUCAAUCCCAUUAUGAAAAGGUGUCCUAUGUCUCUGGCUCCUCCUUGCUUACAACACACCCCCAGCCCAUGGACCAAGCUUCUCUCAAAAACAGUGAUGUCCUCAUUUUGACAGGACUUACCCAGAUUCCAACAGCAAAUCCUGAUGGCAUGGUAGGAGAAUUUUGCAGCAAUUUGGCUCUGACAGUUCGGAAUGGUGGUAAUGUAUUGGUCCCCUGCUACCCAUCUGGAGUGAUCUAUGACCUCUUGGAAUGCCUUUAUCAGUACAUCGAUUCAGCUGGCCUCUCUAACAUCCCCUUCUACUUCAUCUCUCCUGUUGCCAACAGCUCACUUGAGUUUGCCCAGAUUUUUGCUGAAUGGCUUUGUCACAACAAACAGACUAAGGUAUAUCUCCCAGAACCACCUUUUCCUCAUGCAGAGCUCAUUCAGACCAACAAACUGAAGCACUAUCCCAGCAUCCAUGGAGACUUCAGCAAUGAUUUUAAACAGCCAUGUGUAGUUUUCACUGGUCAUCCCUCCCUCCGAUUUGGAGAUGUUGUACAUUUCAUGGAACUUUGGGGAAAAUCUAGUCUUAAUACUGUUAUAUUCACAGAACCUGACUUUUCAUAUCUAGAUGCCCUGGCUCCUUACCAACCUUUGGCUAUGAAAUGUAUCUACUGUCCUAUCGAUACAAGGCUCAAUUUCAUUCAGGUGUCAAAACUGCUCAAGGAAGUACAGCCUCUCCAUGUGGUGUGUCCUGAGCAAUAUACCCAGCCUCCCCCUGCCCAGUCACAUCGUAUGGACCUGAUGAUUGAUUGCCAACCCCCUGCAAUGUCUUAUCGCCGUGCAGAGGUGCUUGCCUUGCCCUUUAAACGCCGCUACGAGAAGAUUGAAAUCAUGCCUGAGCUUGCAGAUUCAUUGGUGCCCCUGGAGAUUAAGCCUGGCAUUUCCUUAGCAACUGUUUCUGCUGUACUGCACACUAAAGAUAACAAGCAUAUUCUUCAGGCUCCUCCUAGGCCCAGCCAGCCCCCAGCCAGCAAGAAGAGGAAGAGAGUGAGUGAUGACAUCCCAGACUGUAAGCUUCUGAAGCCCCUCCUAAGUGGCUCCAUCCCUGUGGAUCAAUUUGUUCAGACUUUGGAGAAGCAUGGCUUCAGUGAUGUGAAAGUGGAGGACACAGCUAAAGGACACAUUGUCCUCCUCCAGGAAGCCGAAACCCUUAUCCAGAUCGAAGAAGAUUCAACUCAUAUCAUCUGUGACAACGAUGAGAUGCUCAGAGUACGGCUUAGAGACCUAGUGCUCAAAUUCCUUCAGAAAUUUUAAAUUAAGGAGGUUGAACUAGGUUACCUUGAAGGUCACUCCCAGCUCUAAGAUUCUGAAAACUCAGGUUAUUUCUGCCUCAGUGAGUCAACAGCAUGGCUUCCAACAUGAGGGGAGUUGGGAAAACAAGUGGUGGCCAGUCAUGGGGAAUCCCUGAUCCCAUGCCACUUUAUUUAUGCCGCAUGGCUCAAAAAUCACUGGAGAGUUUCCGUGUUGACAUUCUCCUCAGUUUUUAAGAUGGUCCCCUUUUAUCCUCAGAUCUGGAUUUGGCUUGAGUACUGAGGAAAAUGUGUGUUCCCAAGAGAAAGGCUAGAUUUAACGUAUAGAAAGACAUUUCUCUGGAUUUCUACCGCUAGCUCAAGGUUCUAGACUUUUCUUCCCAGUUUGGGUCUCUAAGUAACCCAGGAUAAGGUAACAAUUUGUUCAUUGGGUAUAGUGAACAAUGCUAAAGGCAGUUCUUAAAGACUUUACUGGUUUAGUGGAAAAGUAAGGUAUCUAGACAGACCUUUAUUUUCAAGGUUUUGCUUGGCUGAGAAAGGGGAACUACUUUGUUUGACAUUAUUUGUUUGCUUCCUUUAUUGCCUUCCCCAGAGAACUGUGAAUCGGAGGAUGGCUUUUCAAGGAAAGAACAAAAUAAACCACAUCAAUCUUUAUUUUAUUUUUAAGAAAACUUUCUUUCAUAAU